GUGAGAUUUAGGAAAGUCAUUCACAGUUAAACUUAAACCAAUUCUGAUUACUUUAUUUUGUGUACUUCUAGUUUUCAGUUCUUUUUUGAUUGAUAAUCAUGCCUCCUCAACCAUCCGGUAAAGCUGUUAAGAAGGCUGGUAAGGCCCAAAAAGCUGUUCGUGCUACCGACAAGAAGAAGAAGAAGAAGCGACGAAAGGAAUCCUUCUCUAUCUACAUCUACAAAGUGUUGAAACAAGUUCAUCCCGACACUGGUAUCUCAUCCAAAGCCAUGUCCAUCAUGAAUUCCUUUGUUAACGAUAUUUUCGAAAGAAUUGCUGCUGAGGCUUCUCGAUUGGCCCACUAUAACAAGCGAUCAACCAUCACAUCCAGGGAGAUCCAAACCGCUGUUCGACUUCUCCUUCCCGGUGAAUUGGCUAAGCACGCCGUUUCUGAAGGAACCAAGGCUGUCACCAAAUACACUUCAUCCAAAUAAGCUUCCCAGCUUUCCAUCCAUUUCUCAUGUAUAAUCGAUAACUCAUCUUCACCCACCAAAAACGGUCCUUUUCAGGGCCAAUACAUGUCUGAGAAAAGAUCUCUUAUAAUUAUCAUUUGGAUUUGUUUUAAAAUGUAUAUAAGCUUAUUUAGAAUCUUCACAUCCAUUAAAUAAUUCCUAAACAAAUUUAA